GAGAAUGAUUCGGUAACUCUACGAACGAAAUUCUAUCACUCGAAUUCUGUCAGUCAGAAAACGGACUUCUGUCUGUUUUGUUGUGUAUCACACAGACUGAAUUUUUAAUGCUUGGACAUUAUGGAAACUGAAAAUUCAACAAAUGGAGAGGUUUUGAAAUCGGACUCAAACUUCGAUAAUUCCAAUAAAAAUCAUGUGAAUGGAUUAAACGGGUAUUCUUCAGACAAGCACAAAAAUGAAAAAUCAGAACAUAAAAGUAAACAUAAGGACAAAGAUAGAGAAAGAGAUAGGGAUAAGGACAAGCACAAAAGUAAAGAUCAUAAAAGUUCCAGUAGGGAUAAAGAUAAACAUACUAGUUCUAAGGACAAGGAUCGUCAUAGUUCUCACAAAUCUUCUAGCAGAGAUAAAGAUAAGGAGAGAAGUGACAAGGAUAAGGAUAAAGACAGACAUAGGGACAAAGACAAGCACCGAGAUGACAAAAAGCAUUCUUCCUCAUCUUCUAAGGAUAAAGACCGAAAAGACAAGGAUAAAGAUCAUAAAAGUUCUCACGACAAGGACCACAAAUCAUCAAGUAGGGAUAAGGAACACCGGGAUAAAGACAGAGACAAGGAUCGUGAUAGGAGUAAACAUAGCUCAUCUAAAGACAAAGAUAAAGAGAGGGAUAAAGAGAAGUCUAGGCAUAGCAGCUCAAAGGACAAGCACCGUGACAAAGAUAAGGACAAACAUUCCAGUUCAAAAGAUAAAGAGAAGAAGGAAAAGAAAGAGAAAAUAGAGGAGCAAAAAGAGGAAGUGUUCGAGUCCAAGAGAGAACCUGAUUCUGCCGCUGAAGAUUCAGUCAAUAAUGAAUCUAUGGAUGAUGAUGAUGAUUAUAAGCUUAGUAUUAAAGAAGACAUUAAAGAUGAACCGGACUCUCAAGAUGAGGCAGAUAAUAUAAAUCUUUCCCAAGCCAGCAGUUGUGAUUACAGCAUGUCGCAAUUCAGCAAAAAUGAACCAGCCUUUGAAGAUGGGGAAGAUGAUGGAGUGAAGUCUGAGGUCAAAGAAGAACCCGAAGAAGAGUCUGAUGAAGAUAUUCCUCUGAGGAGCUCUUUCCACAACAGAGCCCGAUUGUCUUCGCGAAUGUCCAAUGCCAAGCGAAAACUGGAUGACUCCGAAGAUGAAGAAGAUGUUCCACUUUCAAUGAGAAAAAAACCAAAGUUGGAAGAGAAGAAGAAAAAGAAAAAAAUUUUGAGUGACGAUGAGGAUGAAGAAGAUUUUGUUCCUAAGAAGAAAGACAAAAAGCAAAAGAAGCAGAUAUUGAGCGAUGAUGAAGAGGAAGAUUACAAACCAGUGAAAAAAGAGAAAAAGAGGAAGAUGGAGAGCGACGGGGAAGAAGACUAUUUCGAGGACAUCAAAAAGAAGAAACCGCCAACGAAAGCCAUGAAAAAGGAAAAACCCAAGACGGUGGUUAAAACUGAAACUAAUGAAGAAGCUCCCAAAAAAGGAAGGAAGAAAAAGGAGGAAGAAGAGCAGGAGGUUUGGAAAUGGUGGGAAGAAGAGAAAAAAGAUGAUGGUACCAAAUGGACCUUCCUAGAACACAAGGGACCAGUCUUUGCUCCAGAUUAUGAACCUUUACCGUCAAAUGUGAAAUUCUUUUACAAUGGGGAAGAAAUGAAAUUAUCCGAACCUGCUGAAGAAGUAGCAGGUUUUUAUGCCAGAAUGUUGGAUCAUGACUAUACAUCAAAGGAAAUUUUCAAUACCAAUUUUUUCAAAGAUUGGAGGAAGGUUAUGACUGAAAAGGAAAGAUCUAAAAUAACUGAUCUGAACAAGUGUAAUUUCAAACAAAUGCAUGCUUUCUUCAUGGAUCAAGCAGAAAAAAACAGAAAUCGUACUAAGGAGGAAAAGCAAGCAUUGAAAGAGAAAAAUGAGGCUCUUGUUAAGGAAUAUGGUUUCUGUACGAUUGAUGGGCAUAAAGAAAAAAUUGGGAAUUUCAAGAUUGAACCUCCCGGUUUGUUUAGAGGCAGAGGAGAACAUCCAAAAAUGGGAAAACUGAAGAGAAGGGUUGAAGCUGAAGAUAUAAUAAUAAACUGCAGUAAGGACUCAGUUGCACCCAAGCCUCCACCAGGUCACAAAUGGAAGGAAGUACGACAUGAUCCACAGGUAACAUGGUUAGCAUCAUGGACAGAAAAUGUUCAAAAUCAGGUCAAGUACAUCAUGUUGAACCCUAGCUCUAAACUGAAAGGUGAAAAGGACAUGCAAAAAUAUGAAACUGCUAGGCGUUUACACAGUUGUAUAGAUAAAAUAAGGAAGGAAUAUAGAGAAGAUUGGAAAUCUAAAGAAAUGCGAGUACGACAGAGAGCGGUUGCUUUAUACUUUAUUGAUAAGUUGGCCCUGAGAGCAGGUAACGAAAAAGAUGAAGAUCAAGCAGAUACUGUUGGUUGUUGUUCCUUGAGAUUUGAACACAUUGAGCUUCAUGAAAAGAAGGACGAUAAGGAGUUCGUAGUAGUCUUUGAUUUUCUCGGAAAAGAUUCUAUUAGGUAUUAUAAUGAAGUUCCAGUGGAAAAGAGGGUGUUCAAAAACUUACAAUUAUUUAUGGAAAAUAAAAAUCCUGGUGACGAUUUGUUUGAUCGCCUGAAUACCACCAUAAUGAACAAACACUUGAAUGAACUCAUGGAAGGUCUAACAGCUAAAGUCUUCCGUACCUACAAUGCCUCUUGGACACUACAACAACAACUUGAUCUCCUCACCAAUGAAGAUGAUACGGUAGCUGAGAAAAUUCUAUCAUACAAUAGGGCCAACAGAGCUGUCGCUAUUCUGUGUAACCAUCAACGUUCAGUGCCCAAGGGUCAUCAGAAGAGCAUGGAGAAACUGAAAGAGAAAAUCGAGGCUAAGAAAGAUGCUAUUAAAGAUGCAGAAAGACAAGUGAAAGACGCUAAAAGAGAUGCUAACAAUGGUAGUGUAAAAGAAAAGGUGGUCUAUGAUAAAAAGAAAAAAAUGCUUGAACGACUGAAGGACCAAUUGACUAAAUUGGAAAUUCAGGAAACGGAUCGUGACGAAAACAAAACUAUAGCAUUAGGUACUUCCAAGCUGAAUUAUCUGGAUCCUAGGAUCAGUGUGGCAUGGUGUAAAAAGUACGAUGUUCCAAUUGAAAAAAUUUAUAACAAAACUCAGCGAGACAAGUUCAGGUGGGCCAUUGACAUGGCUGGACCUGAUUACCGAUUUUAAGUUGCACAUAAGUUAUAGAUUUUAUUUAAUGAAUGUAUUUGAAUUGUAUGGAAUUUGUUCUUUCAUAGAUCAUAAUUUUGUAGGCAAUUUUAUCACCAUUGUAAUUAUAUUUACUUUAUCAAG